AUGGAGUAUCUAUUUCCGUCAUCGCGUCGGAAGCACGGUAGAAAAAAGCGCUGGAACCUAGAACAGGUUACUCAUUACAAGGACCAAUCCAGCAGGGACGAUUUGACUCUUCCGUCCGCAAAGCUUGACAUUCUGGUUGAGUCGGCCCCUCUCAUCUGCUACGGGUCACCGGCAACCUCCACCGGAGCGCUGUUCUCGGGUCGUCUUCGCAUUACAGUCACUGAACCGGCCAACCGGCUAAUAGUGAGAGAGUUAGACGUCAAGCUCGUUUCUAAGAAGACUAAUAAGAAGCCCGCGUCGAGUCACUGCCCGAAUUGCACCGUCCUCAGCGAAGAACUGACCCGCUGGAACCUUCUUUCAAAGCCGCUUCUUCUUGAGAGCGGGUACUACGAUUUUCCUUUCAGUUGCCUGUUUCCUGGUCAUCUACCCGCCUCCUGCGAUAGCUCUUUAGGCCAGAUAGAAUAUAUCCUGCGGGUGAACACUCAGAGCUCUACAGAUGAGGAGUUGAAUCUAGAAUUACCUCUCCACGUCCGACGUGCGCUUAUCCCCAGCAACGAUGUUUCAUCCACCCGAACAUUACCGCCAACCAAUCUCACCUGCCUCGUCGUACGACCAUCAGUGACCCUCCCUAUCGGCAAGUUUCCCGUGCAAAUGGUGUUGAGCGGUAUAGUCGACGAGGACAACGAUUCACAGACGCGCUGGUGUCUGCGAAGGUUGAUGUGGCGGAUCGAAGAGCAUCAGAGAAUCACAUCACCCGCAUGCCAGAAACAUGCCGGUAAACGUCAUGUCGGCGGCAAAGAUAUCCUGCACCAGGAGACGCGCAUCGUUGGCCAGAAUGAAGAAAGUAACAGAUGGAAGGCAAUUCCUAGCAUCGCCGGCGGCGAGGUUAACAUCCAAUUCGAUGCUAGCAUUAGCCCGAUUGCCAAUGCGACUUGCGACAUGGAUGCCCAUGAUGGCUUAGAGGUUAAGCAUGACCUUGUUAUCGAAUUUGUCGUGGCUUACGAGUCGUAUUCGAACCGAACAAUCGCUUUAAUCACUCCCACCGACUCUGCUCGUUUGUUUAGUACGAGAUUCGAGCUCCAUGUCACUGAGCACAGUGGUCUCAGCAUUAGUUGGGAUAAAGAAUUGCCUCCAACCUAUGAAAAUGUUUCGGCCAGGGCGCCGGCGUACACUUAA